CGGUGGCGUCGGGUCCCGGCUGCGGGGCCGCCAUGGGCGACGACAUGGACCUCAUCCCCGAGCGGGAGAUGAAGGAUUUUCAAUUCAGAGCCCUGAAGAAAGUCCGGAUCUUUGAUGCCCCAGAUGAGCUUCCCAAAGACCGUUCCAGUCUUCUUGUCGUAUCAAACAAAUAUGGAUUAGUCUUUGUUGGCCGUGGAACCGAGGUGCAGGUCUUUCAGACGAAAGACCUUCUUCUGCAGAAUGAACCAGGGGAGUCUCCCAAUAAAAUUGUGGAGAAUGUCCAGAGUGUUCUUGUCCCCAUGAAGUUUCCAGUGCAUCACUUGGCGCUCAGUUGUGAUAACCUCAUCAUUUCCAUCUGCAUGGCCUCCAGUGACUGCGGGUCCUUCAUUGGCUUUUUUGAUGUCCGUACCUUUGCUAAUCAGCAGGCUAAGCAGAAGCGUCCCAUUGCUUUUCAUAAGCUGCCCAAAGAAGCAGGCAGCAUGGCUCUGGUCAGCGACCUGAAGUGGAACCCUGUGAACCCUUCCAUGCUGGCCCUCUGUGUCUCUGACGGCAGCGUCUGCGUCCUGCAGGUCACAGACAUUGUGAAGGUGCACGCUGCCCUUCCUGCCUCAGUGGGUGCAACAUCAGUGUGCUGGAGCCCCAAAGGGAAGCAGCUGGCUGUGGGCAAGCUGAAUGGCACUGUGGUCCAGUAUCUGCCUAACCUGCAGGAAAAGAAAACCAUUCCCUGCCCCCCAUUCUAUGAGGCUGAUAAUCCUGUUAAAGUCCUGGAUGUGUUGUGGGUUGGCACUUACGUCUUCACGAUUGUGUAUGCGGCUGCAGACGGGACCUUGGAGACUCCCCCUGAAGUGGUGAUGGUUGUGCUUCCGAAAAAAGAAGAAAAAAGACCAGAGAGGUUUGUCAACUUCAUGGAACCCUGUUACAGCAGCUGCACCGAGAGACAACAUCACUACUUCCUUAACUAUGUUGAGGACUGGGAUCUGGUCCUAGCAGCUUCUGCCGCUUCCACAGAAGUCAGUAUCCUCUCAAGGCAAGGAGACCAGAACAACUGGGAGCUGUGGGUUCUGGAAGACUCCAGCCGGGCAGAGCUUCCUGUAACGGACAAGAGCGAUGACACCUUGCCUGUGGGUGUGGCCAUAGAUUACACCAGCAGCACACCCAUAGCUAUUAGUGAGGAGAAGACCAUGGACCCAGCUCCAGCCCUGCUGCUGCUCUCAACCGACGGAGUGUUGUGCCCCUUUUAUAUGGUCAAUCAAAACCCCGGUGUCAGAUCGCUCCUCGUGACACCAGAGCUUUUGCCCAUGGAAGGGGACAGAACCCCAAAAUUGCCAGGAAGUACUACUCCUUCAUCGACAACUCCUUUUUCUCCUCCCAAGGUCGAAGCGGCCCCAGCAGGAGCUGUUGUCCUCGCCCCAGCCGUCUCUUCAGCCACUAGCAGCGGGGUGCCCGCUUUCUCUUUUGCAUCCUCGGCUUUAAAACCAACUGGGCCGGCUCCUAACGCCCCCCUGCAGUAUCCCUUCCCGUCGGAGACCUCCAAGCAUUCAUCUUGUCCCAGCCUGAGCGGAGCAGCUGGGUUCUCUUUCACGUCUGCCUCCUCCACCAAAGCAGCCUCAAAUCCACCCCCGUCAGCCAAUCUGGCUCCGGCCUCUGCCAGCUCUUUCUCUUUUGGCUCGGUGUCUUUUAAAGCUGGUGCGGAUGGCUCAACCGGGAUUCCUCUCGCCGCCUCCCCCGUUGGGCCGAAGCAAAGUUUUUCCUCUGUGGCUUCCUCUGUCAAGGUUAACCUCGCCGAGAAGUUCACAGCUGUGGAAUCUUCCACUCCCUCUGCCGGCAGUGGCCAAGGCUCCCCCAUGUUUUCCUUCACCCCGAAGCCUGUGGGGCCUGUAAGCCAGUCCACUCCCUUCUCUGCUGCUCCUUCAUCCUCAGUCAAGGCUUCGACCCCUGUGUCUGCUGCAGCAGCGCGUCCCGCUCAGGGUGCUUCGGCUGUUCCUGGGCUUCAGAAAGCAGCCAAGAUUUCUCCAUCAAAGCCAAGCUCUUCACAGGGCCGGUCAACGUCUAGCAGUGCUGGGAUGGAGAAGCAAGUUCAUCAGUGGAAGGAUUCAGAUCCUGUCAUAGUAGGGAUAAGAGAGGAGAUAGCACAUUUCCAGAAGGAGAUGGAAGAACUGAAAAGCAAGACAUCCAAAGCCUCUUUCCAGGUGGGCUCUGAUGAGGAGAAGAAGAUACUGAAGACAGACUCGAAUGACCUCCACACCUUCCUCUUGGAGAUCAAGGAGACCACUGAGUCCCUUCACGGAGACAUCAGCCUCCUGAAGACGAGCCUCCUGGAGGGGUUUGCAGGUCUGGAGGAAGCGAGAGAGAAAGAGGAGCGAACCCACAACUCCGAGUAUUUGCACCUGCUGUAUAAGAAGCCUCUGGAUCCGAAGAGCGAAGCCCAGCUUCAGGAAAUUCGACGCUUGCACCAGUACGUGAAGUUUGCUGUUCAGGACGUGAACGACGUUCUGGAUUUGGAAUGGGACCGGCAUCUGGAACAGCAGAAAAACCAAAGACGUCUAAUGGUGCCUGAGAGAGAGACUUUGUUCAACACCCUCACGAAUAACCGAGAGAUAAUUAACCAGCAGAGGAAACGGCUGACAAACUUGGUGGACAGCCUGGAGCAGCUUCACUUGUACAAGCAGACCUCUCCGUGGGGCCUCACUUGUGACUCCUCCACCCACAGCAGCGUCCAGAGCCUUGACAGCGAACUGGAGAGCUUGGGUAACGCCUUGAUGAAAUUUACUAUGGAAUCGUGUCCCAAGAGUUUGUCCAAAGCGCCCGUGAAACUGUCCCCGGUGAAGCAGACUCAGCUGCGGAAUUUCCUGUCCAAGCGGAAGAUGCCGCCCAUCAGGUCAACAGCCCCAGCCAAUCUCUCCCAAUCGGCUUUCCUGUGCUCGAGAUAUGAUGAAGACUUGGAUGAUGUUAGCUCCACAUCUUCAGUUUCCCAGCCCCUGGAGAAUGAGGAUUCCCAAGCUGUAGAGAAAGAGGAAGUGUUGGCUGUCCCGAUCUCCAUGCCCCGCCACCCCCCUGUUGUCCGGACUUCCUCAGUUCAGCCUGGCCUCAUGUCGCAGCACUUGCCUGUCGGCAAAUCCCACAUUCCAAUGAACACUUUGACAUCCACCCCCAAAAUUAUACCUCAAGGGGCAGACAGCACCAUGCUGGCAACGAAAACCGUGAAGCAUGGUGCUCCCUCUGUCACCAUCCCGGCGCCUCAGGCAGCGGCAGAAGCUGCUCUGCGGAGACAGAUGGCCAACCAGAAUCCAGCUGUGAGCACGUCCUUAACUGAGUCUACCUUGAAGAAUGUCCCUCAGGUGGUGAACGUGCGAGAACUGAAAAAUAACACCUCUCCCCCUGCCAUCGCUACAGUAACAGGGAUUGCCCCGUCGGCGUCGAGUGCAUUGACCCCGAGCGCGCCUGAGAGGGAGUUCGUCAUCGAGGAGAAAUCACCGAGACAUCGAGCUCCUUCUCGGAAGGGAUCCGGGUCCCCGAGGCAGACAUCCGCCUCGCUACGACGUCGUACACCAUCGAGUAGAGGCUCAACGCCUCCUGCGGAACGGGGCCGGAGCCCGCACCAUUGCCUGCAGAGUGCUGUUGCACCUGCCUUAAGGCGCCCUCACACCCCAUCGCCAUCGGGGUUGGAGGUUCAAUUCUCCUCAUCGGAGGAUGAAGUCAUGGAGGUCCCCGAGGUCGUUAUCUCCGACCCAGAGGAAUCCCUGACGACGGAGACGUACCGUCGGGAUCGUGUCCCAUAUCAGGACUGGGAUAUUCUCAUUCAAAAAACUGUGCUCAUCGCCACGGACAACACCACGACUAUGUUCUACAGAAACGAGCAAGGGGGCACCAAUUCCCUAGCUUUAUGCCGGGAGGCGUCCCUCAUUUGGGAAUGGGCUAUAGAACAACAAAUAUCCCUCAAGGCCAUUCACGUGGCAGGCUGUUCCAACAUUACGGCAGAUGCCCUGAGCAGGGAUACUUCCCAUGACCACGAAUGGUCCAUCCCUAUCAGGUUAGCGUUCGUACAGUUUUCAGUUUCCAGCCUGGGCCCGGCAGGUUCCUCUGGCGGGUUCCCUUACGAUGCAACCUCCGCCCACCUCCACAUCCUUAACGGGUGUCAUCGCUACGUCCACCAGUCAGACCACGUCAAGCAAAAAGAACUCAGGGACAACGAAGACUUCCACAUCCGCUACCUCAUCUGCUGCGGCUCCUGCCCCACAAACUGCUCCCCAGCUCAGCAAGGCGUUUGCAUUUCAGCCCUCAGGGUUCCAACGGCCGCCCCUGCGAAAGAAUCAAGCCAGUCUGAUGUGUUCUCCCUUGAUGGGAAUCCUAAGUUUGGAACCGUUCCAGAGAGCCCGUUCACUUUUGGGUCCACGAAACCAUCCGGCCUUUUGGGAGCCUCUGUGACGAACAGCGGCUCUGGAGAUCCCAGCCAAACAAACGGCCAGGCAGUCGCAGCCGCAGCUUCUGUUCCCUCCGCAACCUCCACCAAAUUGGAGAACCUUCCACCGAAACACGGAGACCCCGUAUUCCAGGGCACCGCAGCUGGAGAGACCCUUGGGAGCUUCUCUGGCCUGAGAGUGGGCCAAGCUGACGAGAACGCUAAGGCCGCCCCUUCCAAACCUCCCUGUGGUACUGCAGCAAGUGGGCAGCCUCCAAAAGCAACCACAGUGCCUUCUGGGUUCAAUCUCGGAAGCUCUCUGCCAGCAGGCAAACCAGCAGAGGCUGCUGCGACCGUGGUCACGACUGCCAGUUCAUCUUCUGCAGCAGUCAGCACAGGCACCAUCUUUGGCAAUGUCCAGCUGGUCAGCACGGGGGCUCCUGGUGGCUUCAGCAUGGGAGCGCCGUCAGGCAGCAGCAAGCAGACGUUCGCGUUCGGUGUCCAACAAGCAAACGCCCCAGCUGUAUUGCCCACCCCCUCGGUCCUCCCUCCAGCAACCUCAGCUCUCUCGUUUGGAAGCCUGUUGAGUUCAGUGCCGACGACAGCUUCCACUUCAGAACCGCCUGGCAAAGGCGAAGCAGAUGCCAAAACCGUCCCAGACCCCGAAAAGCCGUCUCCAAACAACGCAGCCCUGCCUGUACCGGCCCAGCUGCAGGGACAAACCCCGGAGCUUCCUCAGGAUCCCCCUUCUCCAGAAGAGGAAGAUACCAUCAGCCUCGGCUCUGCUCCGGCAGCACGCGCCGGAGAUGCAGUUCCCACCCCACCUUCCGGUGAUUUGCAGGCGGAGGUGCCCCCACCGGUCUCCGCUUCAGACCAGCCCACUUCGGUGACCUCAGCUCCAGCCACCAUAGCCUCACCACCGGCCGAGGCUGCCAGCGUGCCGCCCUCUUCCGCUAGUCCAAGCGUCUCUCUCCCAGCACCAACCACGGGCACCUUGGCAUUCACAGCGGCCUCCUCAAGCCCUUCUGUGUUCGUGCAGCCCCCGGUUUCCAGUUCUUCUAGCUCAGCGUUCAGCCAGCCUGCAGCAGACACCGGGGCUAGCCCCGUCACCGCCCCUGUCUUCGGCCAGCUCUCUGCAGCAACCACAGCCUCUUCCCUGUUUGGCCAACCUGUUCCCCCGUCGACAUGCACCUCUACUGCCACUACCCAGGGAGCAGGCACCGGGUUUAACACAUCGGCUUUCGCCGCGGCGAGUCCUGGAGGCUUCAGCCAGCCAGCCUUCGGACAAGCGCCGGCCUUCGGCCAGCCGGCAAACACCUCGAGCAGCUUCACUUUCAGCCAGACGGCCUUUGGGGCAACUCCCGCUUUUGGCCAGGCCGCUUCGCCUGCCUCCUCGGCCUCCAGCAGCGGACAUGUUUUUGGCGUGCCAUCCAGCACCAACACCACCAGUUCCUUCUCUUUUGGCCAGCCCUCUGCCACCACGGGUGGCGGGCUCUUUGGCCAAAGCAGUACGCCUGCUUUUGGACAGAGUUCCGGCUUCAACCAGGGGGGAUCUGUAUUUGGAAGUGCAGCCGCCACCACGCCGACGUCGUCCACUGGAUUCAGCUUCUGUCAAGCUUCAGCAUUUGGUUCCAGCAGCGCAGGUUCUGUGUUCGGGCAGGCAGCCAACACCAGCGGCAACCUCUUUGGCCAGCAGCCCUCUCCCAGCGGGGGCCUCUUUGGUUCCGGAAGCGGGGGGAGAGGUGUCGCCUUCUUCAGUGGCCUAGGAGGAAAGCCAAGCCAGGAUGCGGCAAAUAAAAAUCCGUUCAGUUCCACCGGCACAGGAUUUGGAUCCCCGGCCACCCAGAAUACGUCGAGCCUUUUUGGAAACAGUGGAGCCAAGACCUUUGGGUUUGGGACCUCCCCCCCCUCCUCCUCCUCCUUUGACGAGCAGAAGCCGGCGGGCACAUUCAGUUCCGGCGGAGGGAGCGUGGCAUCUCAGGGCUUUGGGUUCUCCAGCCCAACCAAAGGAGGUGGCUUCGGAGCUGCUCCAGUGUUCGGCAGCCCUCCCACUUUCGGGGGGUCCCCUGGGUUUGGAGGGGUGCCAGCAUUCGGUUCAGCCCCAGCCUUUUCAAGCCCUCUGGGCUCGACGGGAGGCAAAGUCUUCGGCGAGGGGACGGCGGCAGCCAACGCUGGAGGAUUUGGUUUUGGUGGGACAUCUAGCACUGCAUCCUUUGGCACGUUGGCAAGUCAAAACACCCCGACAUUUGGAUCCCUGUCCCAGCAAUCCACCGGAUUUGGCACUCAGGGCAGCGGAUUCUCCGGCUUUGGGUCCACCGGAGGAGGCUUUGGCUUUGGAUCAUCGAAUGCAUCCACCUCCGGAUUCAGCGGCUGGAGAAGUUGAGGAGAAGUUGAGCCGUUUCACCCCGCUG